CUCGUCUCGGUCCUCAACUUUUCCUUUCUUCCCCCAUUGUUGCUUCUGUUUCGUAUUUCUACUUUUCCUUGAACCUGGUUGCUCUCUCUACUGCGUUUCGUCUGCAAGGCGUGUCGCUUGGGCCUGCGAUUCCAUGAUGAUAUCCGCUGCCUUACCGGACCUACCUCUGUACUCAUAAUUUUACAUAAUUGCACUUGUGGCUGAACGUCCUCUACUAUCACUUACUCAGUAUGGUCUUCCUGCGGCUGACCGUCAAGGUCUAUCCGCGCGAGCAGACCCAAUCCUCCGGUUCGUUCUUCCGGCACUUGAUUGGAGAGCGCGACAACAAUGAUUCGGCAGCCAACGGCGCGGCCAAGAAACCGGCUAGCUUUUUGCUGGUGCUGCCGGACCCGGAGGAGAUUACCCUUGGAGGGUUGGCGGGGAGGAUCCAGGAAAAAUGGAGAAAGCUACGGCCGGAAGCUGAACCGUUAGAAAUCAAGAAACUCCUCGACGACGACCACGAUUCCGAAGACCUUGACCCAGACCUCACCGUCGCGGACGUAUUUGUCGACCAUGGGAAGGGCGCAUCGGACAAGCUGGAUCAGCGUCGCACUGUCCGCGUCAUCCAGAGACCCGCCUCUCAGGCGCCCGUCCGAUUCCCGUCUGUGUCGCUGGACUGGGACGCCGCGGCGCAGGACUAUGAACGCCAAGCGCAGGUCAAGCAGGAGACAAUGGCGAAGAUGAUGAAUCUGAAGACCAUCCACGAAGACCCAGACCUUGAGUCUGGCAGUGCAAUCGACGAACGUAUCCCAGACCAUGACGCCCGUGAGGUCCCGAUGUCGUCUGUGGAGCGAGAGGACGCCUCGAGGUCUCUUCCUCGCUGGGGUACUCAAUCUACUGCUCCCGGGGACAACCAGGGGCGCACGGUUGCGCCUACACCGGAGCGUCAUCGCAUGGAGAGCCAGGAACUCGGCGACUGGCCUCGACCUUCGCCCACAGCGACGCGCAGUGCCACGCGUCCUGGUUCGAAGGCUGUUGCACCGCAGCGGUCGGAGCAUGCGAGAAAGUCUACUGACAAACAUGCUAAAUUGGAUCUACAGUCGCAGUCGCAGCAGACGGCGAAUGGUUCAGUGUCGCCGUUAACUACGCGCAAAUCGGCGUCCCAACCGCAGCCGAAAACCUCGGAUCUCCUGGAUACCGCGGCUGCGGAGAGUGAUGACGAGGACGAAGAGGGCAGCGAGGAAGAAGGCAGCGAAGAAGAUGGCAGCGAGGAAGAGGGCAGUGGGGAAGAGAGCAGUGGAGAAGAGGUUAGUGAAGAGGAGGGAAGCGAAGAGGAACGUAGUGCGGAAGGAAGUGAGGAAGAAGGAAGUGACGCAGAAGAAAGCGAAACGGAGCCCCAGGAAGAUGUCCCUAUGACCGAUGCCCCCCAGACGAACAACGAUUCAUCCGCAAAAGCCAGUGUCACCGCCAUUCCCCAUGCCGAACCCACGGCGGAUACGAGUACUCCGCAGCGCGGCGCAGAGUCGCGCAAGCGAAAGAAGAGUGACGAAAGCCUCCCUCCCAACAAGGAGCGUCGAUUGGAGCCAACCUCCAUCCCUACAUCGGAGCCCCAUAUCCAUGCGACCCCGAACGGAGCCCUUAGCCCGGAAACCCCCAGGGCACCACAUUCGGCGCUGCGCAAAGAGGCCCACCGACCGCCCGAACGCCGAUCCGUGUCAUUCGCAGAGGGCGAGGACAUUAUUGCCGCUUCGGCGCCGAAGUCAACGCCUAUGUCGUCUCAACAAGCCGAUUCUGCAAAACCCUCGGAUGGCAACCGCAAAGAGCCAGAGGACAACCGGAAUGGCACUGCCGCGGCCAAGAACGGAGCGCCUCCAUCCCAAUCAGACGGCGAACACCAACCCGAAAAUAAAGACGAGCCUACGAACCCCGACAGAGAGAAGAGGUUGCAGGAGCUGGCUGGGAUUGAUGCUCAAGUGGACCGGGCCACAAAACGACAUCUUGGGAACGUGGUAAAAAUACUCAAGAAACUGCGGGCAGCACUGAAUGUUUCAAUUAACAAUGAAUAUUCAAACCGGGUCAGAAACAAGACCCGUUUCGAAACGUCCAUGAAAAACAUCAACAGUCUGCGGGCAGAACUGGCGGCGGCGAUUCCAAGUGGCGUGGAUCUGGACGAUUCAGGCCCAGAGGACCCGGCCCCUAAGAAACCAGCCUCGAAGAGGUCAUCUUCCAAGGGUUCGGAUUCCAAGAACUCAGCUCGGUCCCGGCGCCGGUCCCCAGGCCCAUUGGCGGAUGAAAGUUCCGAAGGUGAAUGGCGCCCGAUUCCCAAGCAGCCCAUUUGGGCGGCUGUAAACAACACGGAGAGCCGGUACGCGGCGGCGGCUCGUCGCGCGGCCAGCAAUUCUGCCACGAGCACUCCCCGGUCCCAGUCAGAAACCCAGUCUCAGCCAGAACCUCAGUCGCAGAAGUCUCAGGGACAGCCUGAGGCACCGACGUCUGCACCGACCUCUGCCCAAGCUCCCGCGAGGAAGACCCGUCAGUCGACAGGUACCACGCGGUCCCAAGGCUCCGAUGACGAGUUUGAGCUGCGGCCCACGCAAUCACCCCACCGCCCAGGAGCACCCCGGCCGAAUGGUAGUCAGUCCCAGGGACGGGGACAGAAGACUUCACGCGAUCUGCUGAACCUUUUCUCCGACGACGAGCACCAGGAGGAGGGUCAACCGGCCCAAGAACCCAAAGAAAACCCGACUCCAACCCCGGCCCAGAAUCAAAACCAAACCCAGAACCAGAGCCAAAAAGAGAAACAAGAAACGCAACAAGACCAGGAAUCAACUGAUUCAGCGUCGGAAACCGAGUCGGAAUCCGAAUCCGAAGCCGACAGCGAGUCCGAAGAAGAAGAAGUAGCAGCACCCCCGAGCAAACCGGAACCGCCCCGCCGGGCGAGCGCGCCCUCACAGCCCCCGUCGUCGCAGCCUGCGGGAUCGCAGUCGGCGAGACAGUCACAGCCCAACCGGCUCUCGUUGAAGAGUCUGAUCCGCGACCAGAAGAACGAGCAGCAAGCGCGGACGCAGUCACAAGCGGCGCAGCGGGCGGAUCGCAAGAAUAUCUUCUCGGGUCCGUCGGACAGCGAGAGCGAGGACGAGAGCGAGAGUGAAAGCGAGAGCGAGAGCGACAGCGACAGCUCCAACGACGGAGGAGAUAUCAUGUCGAGCGGGCAUGUAUCUAAGCUGCGGCAGGCUCGGAAGAGGGCUUGAAUUGAACUGUCUGCAUGCAUGAAAAAGGUCUGGAUACUGCAUGAAUGAUAGGAUCUGGAUAUGGUGAUUGGAUGUCUAUU